CACGAGGGGUGUGGCAGUGAUGUCACGACCACCGCAAACAAAAUGUUCCGAACGCUGGGGCAGCGGAGCACCCCUUUAAUGGGGGGCAGGAACGCAGUGUGAUUGGACCUGAAAUGGUUGCAGAUUUCCCCACAUGCGAACCUGCUGUAGAAACGCCACAGCGCCGCCUCUGCCCUGUGUGAACGAUCCCUCAGAGAUCAUGUGAUCAGAGCCGCUCUCAGGUGGCGGCGGGAAUCACAUCAUGACCGGACAAUUGCCGACUCGUUAACCCCUUCAUAUAAGGCCCAUGAGGCGGGGCUGCUCUAUAGUGUUAGUGUUGUAGAUGUGUUUUACUUGAGCAGGGUCUCGCUCGUCUUGACAUGGCAGCCAGGGCUGAGACUUUCUCUACAUUUCUUGGUUUCUCACAAGGCUUCUCCUUGGUCCAGGCUCCCAACUACUCAACAAUGCAUCUAGAAAUCGAAGCUGCUGUCAACUUCCUCGUUAAGAUUCUAAGUUUGAGGAAGACUCUGAAGCGGGGUCAGCUGGAUGCUUUGGGCGAGAACCUCAUGUGCUUACUGUGGGAGCGAUACCAAGGACACUGGUACCCGGACAUGCCAUUCAAGGGACAAGCCUACAGGUGUAUUCGCAUUAAUUCCUGGCAAUAUGUUGAUGAGUCUUUGCUUCAGGCCUGUGGAAGAUCUGGUAUAGAAUACUCAAAGCUUCCUCUCCCAGACGAGAUGACCCUCUGGAUUGAUCCAUUUGAAGUCUGUGGAAGGUUUGGAGAACACACAGAUUACUUCACAAUUGCCACAUUUGAACAUAUGACAGUAAUGGAGCCCAUUGACUAUGAAGAAAAGGCAACGUCGGACUAUUCCUCCGAGGGCCCUUCAUCAGGGGCAAUGUCUGAAAACUCAUCUGAUGACGAAGCGUCUGGAGAAAAAGCCACCACUAGACUCUCACCAGAUGAAGCCAUCGGACUGUCCUCUACAGACGGGACUCCAGUGAGUGAGUUGUUGGCCUCUGAAACCACAAGGGACACCGGUUCAGACACUGAUGAAAACGUUGCCCAAGAGACAAAAGUAUUGGAAGAAAAUGGGAGUGACCAAAGUUCUGUGCUCUUGUAGUACGUUGGUCUUGGCGCAGCCCUGUACCACUUUUUUUUUAACCCUUUUUUAGGACUGAGACUAGACUUGAGCUUGAUCCAAGAUGCCAAAGAAUGGGAUACAAUUCUAUAACGGAGCACUUGAUACAGGAGAGUUAUGUUAAUGGUUGUCGUUAGUAUAGAUGAAUUGGACUUGCUCCUGAUCUACCCUACGUCUAGGCUGGAAUUUU